GGAGCUUAUUGAGUUUCGCCUAAUCUGAUCUCCCCCCCCCCUCCGCCCCCCGCCUUUUGCACCCUCCCUCGGUCCUGCCGCCGGCUGGCGGGGCUGGCGGGUUUGGCGUUGGUGGAGUGGACUCGGGAGGGGGAGGGGGUAAGGAAAGGGGUGGGAAGGCAGGAUUUUUUUUUUUCUCUCUUUGUAACUUGCAGGUUAAGUGGAGCUAGAGAGCUACAUUGUAACCUAGUUGGAUUUUUUUGGGGGGGGAAUGUAUCAGAAUCUAACGUGUCGUUAAUAGAAAGAAGAACAGGCAAGAAGUGGUCCAGCCGGCGAAGUUGCAGAUCUGAUCUCUUCUGAACACCUCAUCGUGUCUCCAUCCCUGGGAAUCUGACCCUAGCAACUGGACCACUUUGUUCUUGGAAUUUUGGGUGUCCUCUUUUCUCACCUUUCCCUUUUCCCUUUUCCCCUUCCCCCUCCUGAGAACUCCGGAAGACUGUAGAGAUUGUCAUGGAGUCCAGGGAAACCUUAAGCAGCUCCCGGCAAAGAGGGGGCGAGUCAGACUUCCUGCCGGUCUCCUCAGCCAAGCCCCCAGCUGCUCCUGGCUGUGCAGGAGAACCUUUGCUCUCCACUCCAGGACCUGGGAAGGGGAUCCCGGUGGGCGGAGAGCGCAUGGAGCCAGAGGAGGAGGAUGAACUAGGCUCAGGGCGGGAUGUGGAUUCCAACUCCAACGCGGACAGUGAGAAAUGGGUGGCAGGAGAUGGUUUGGAAGAGCAGGAAUUUUCUAUCAAGGAGGCAAACUUCACAGAGGGAAGUCUGAAGCUAAAGAUUCAGACCACAAAGCGGGCUAAGAAACCCCCAAAGAAUUUGGAGAACUAUAUAUGUCCACCUGAGAUCAAGAUCACCAUCAAGCAGUCUGGGGACCAGAAGGUGUCCCGUGCUGGAAAAAAUAGCAAAGCCACGAAGGAGGAAGAAAGAAGCCACUCCAAAAAGAAGCUCCUCACAGCCAGUGACCUUGCAGCCAGUGACCUCAAAGGAUUUCAGCCACAGGCUUACGAGAGGCCCCAGAAACAUUCAACUCUCCAUUAUGACACGGGCCUCCCACAGGACUUCACCGGUGACACCUUAAAACCAAAGCACCAGCAAAAAAGCAGCAGCCAGAACCACAUGGACUGGUCCACCAACUCUGACAGCGGACCCGUCACUCAGAAUUGCUUCAUCAGUCCAGAGUCUGGCAGAGAAACUGCAAGCACCAGCAAGAUCCCAGCUCUUGAGCCCGUGGCUUCCUUUGCAAAGGCCCAGGGUAAGAAAGGCAGUGCAGGGAACACGUGGAGUCAGUUGUCUAACAAUAACAAAGAUCUGCUCUUGGGAGGUGUGGCUCCAUCCCCAAGCAGCCACAGCUCACCAGCCCCACCCAGCAGCUCUGCUGAGUGCAACGGGCUUCAGCCCUUGGUGGAUCAAGAUGGAGGAGGUACAAAGGAGCCCCCAGAACCACCUACUGUGGGCAGCAAGAAAAAGUCCAGUAAAAAAGAUGUGAUAAGUCAGACCAUACCAAACCCAGACCUGGAUUGGGUCAAGAAUGCCCAGAAAGCAUUUGACAAUACAGAAGGGAAAAGGGAAGGUUAUUCCACAGAUAGUGCCCAAGAGGCAUCACCAGCCAGGCAGAACGUGAGUUCUGCCAGUAAUCCUGAAAAUGACUCAAGUCAUGUCCGGAUUACUAUCCCCAUCAAGGCACCCUCUCUGGAUCCAACCAACCAUAAGAGGAAAAAGAGACAGUCCAUUAAAGCGGUGGUGGAAAAGAUCAUGCCAGAGAAAGCCCUGGCUUCUGGAAUCACCAUGAGCAGUGAAGUAGUUAACAGGAUACUUUCCAACUCUGAGGUGAAUAAGAAGGAUCCCCGUGUCCCCAAGUUGGGUAAAAUGAUAGAGAAUGAGUCCCCCUCAGUUGGCCUUGAAACUGGUGGAAAUGCUGAGAAAGUUAUCCCAGGAGGUGUGUCUAAGCUGCGGAAGCCACCCAUGGUCAUGACACCUCCAACGUGCACAGAUCACUCUCCAUCCAGAAAGCUGCCAGAAAUCCAGCAUCCAAAAUUUGCUGCAAAACGAAGGUGGACUUGCAGCAAACCAAAACCUAGCACCAUGCUUCGAGAGGCAGUUAUGGCCACCUCUGAUAAACUGAUGCUGGAGCCCCCGUCUGCAUAUCCCAUCACCCCAUCUAGCCCUCUCUACACCAACACAGACAGUCUUACUGUGAUCACUCCAGUCAAAAAGAAGCGGGGACGACCAAAGAAGCAGCCUUUGCUCACAGUCGAGACGAUUCAUGAGGGAACUUCCACCAGCCCUGUCAGUCCCAUCAGCCGAGAGUUUCCUGGCACUAAGAAAAGAAAGCGACGACGCAAUUUAGCGAAGUUGGCCCAGCUAGUGCCGGGAGAGGACAAACCCAUGAACGAGAUGAAAUUUCACAAGAAAGUUGGAAAGCUCGGCGUGUUGGAUAAGAAGACCAUCAAAACUAUCAAUAAGAUGAAGACACUCAAGAGGAAAAACAUCUUGAAUCAGAUCUUGUCCUGUUCCAGCAGCGUUGCUCUGAAGGCAAAAGCUCCCCCAGAGACCAGCCCUGGGGCAGCAGCCAUUGAAAGCAAACUGGGCAAGCAGAUUAAUGUCAGCAAGAGGGGAACCAUCUACAUUGGCAAGAAGCGGGGCAGGAAGCCAAGAGCAGAGCUGCCACCCCCAUCCGAAGAACCCAAAACAGCCAUCAAGCACCCCAGGCCUGUUUCUAGCCAGCCGGAUGUUCCAGCCGUGCCUUCCAACUUUCAGUCACUUGUGGCGUCUUCACCAGCAGCUAUGCACCCACUUUCAACACAGUUAGGUGGGUCCAAUGGCAACCUGAGCCCUGCCAGCACUGAAACCAAUUUUUCAGAGUUGAAAACUAUGCCAAAUCUCCAGCCCAUCAGUGCUCUUCCAACCAAAACCCAAAAGGGAAUACACAGUGGAACCUGGAAGCUGUCUCCACCCAGACUGAUGGCCAACUCCCCUUCACACCUGUGCGAGAUUGGCUCCCUAAAGGAAAUCACGCUGUCCCCUGUGAGCGAGUCCCACAGUGAGGAGACGAUCCCCAGCGACAGCGGCAUUGGGACAGACAACAACAGCACUUCUGACCAAGCGGAGAAGAGCUCAGAAUCCCGAAGGAGGUACUCUUUUGAUUUCUGCUCCCUGGACAACCCGGAGGCCAUUCCGUCCGACACCAGCACAAAGAACCGGCAUGGCCACCGGCAAAAGCAUCUCAUUGUGGACAACUUUCUGGCCCACGAAAGCCUCAAGAAGCCAAAGCACAAGAGGAAACGGAAAAGCCUGCAAAACCGCGAUGACCUCCAGUUUCUGGCAGACCUGGAGGAGCUAAUCACCAAGUUCCAAGUGUUCAGAAUCUCCCACCGGAGUUACACCUUCUACCACGAUAAUCCAUAUCCCAGCAUUUUUCGGAUUAAUUUUGAUCACUAUUACCCGGUGCCAUAUAUCCAAUAUGACCCGUUGCUCUAUCUUCGUAGGACUUCAGACUUGAAGUCAAAGAAGAAGCGUGGUAGGCCUGCAAAAACCAAUGACACCAUGACAAAGGUGCCUUUUUUACAAGGGUUCAGCUACCCUAUUCCCAGUGGAAGUUACUAUGCACCCUAUGGAAUGCCUUACACAUCAAUGCCUAUGAUGAACCUUGGUUAUUACGGUCAGUACCCAGCUCCUUUGUACCUAUCGCACACGCUUGGAGCAGCUUCCCCAUUCAUGAGGCCAACAGUGCCACCACCUCAGUUCCACACAAACUCCCACGUAAAGAUGUCCGGUGCAGCUAAGCAUAAAGCCAAGCAUGGAGUACACCUGCAGGGACCUGUUAGCAUGGGCCUUGGUGACAUGCAGCCUUCUCUGAACCCUCCCAAGGUAGGCAGUGCCAGUCUGUCCAGUGGUCGGCUCCAUAAGAGGAAACACAAACACAAGCAUAAGCACAAGGAAGACCGGAUCCUAGGGACCCAUGACAACCUGAGUGGUCUCUUUGCAGGCAAAGCCACAGGCUUCUCCAGCCACAUCCUGAGCGAGCGGCUGAGUAGCGCAGACAAAGAGCUCCCGCUGGUGAGUGAGAAGAACAAGCAUAAGGAGAAACAGAAGCACCAGCACAGCGAAGUCGGCCACAAAGCUUCUAAGAACAACUUUGAGGUGGACACCCUGUCUACACUGUCACUUUCCGACGCCCAGCAUUGGACACAGGCCAAGGAAAAAGGAGACUUGAGCAGUGAGCCUGUGGACUCAUGCACGAAAAGAUACUCUGGCAGUGGCGGGGAUGGUGGCAGCACGAGAUCGGAGAACCUGGACGUGUUCAGUGAAAUGAACCCUUCGAAUGACAAGUGGGACAGUGACGUGAGUGGGAGUAAAAGGAGGAGCUAUGAAGGCUUUGGAACGUACAGGGAAAAGGACAUCCAAGCCUUCAAGAUGAACCGCAAGGAGAGAAGUUCUUAUGACUCCUCCAUGUCUCCAGGGAUGCCAAGUCCCCACUUAAAAGUGGACCAGACAGCGGUGCAUAGUAAGAACGAAGGCUCAGUGCCCACCAUGAUGACCAGGAAGAAGCCAGCCGCAGUUGACAGUGUUACAAUUCCACCAGCCCCAGUGUUAUCUCUCCUUGCUGCAUCUGCAGCAACGUCGGAUGCAGUCGGCUCCUCCCUGAAGAAGAGGUUCAAGCGGCGGGAGAUCGAAGCCAUCCAGUGCGAAGUGCGGAAGAUGUGCAACUACACCAAGAUCCUGUCCACCAAGAAGAACCUGGACCACGUGAACAAGAUCCUGAAGGCCAAGCGGCUGCAGAGACAAUCAAAAACAGGCAACAACUUCGUGAAGAAGAGGCGCGGGCGUCCCAGGAAGCAGCCAACCCAGUUCGAUGAGGACUCCAGAGACCAAAUGCCGGUGCUGGAAAAAUGCAUCGACCUGCCCAGCAAAAGGGGCCAGAAGCCCAGCCUGAGCCCGCUGGUGCUGGAGCCCGCCGCCAGCCAAGACACCAUCAUGGCCACCAUCGAGGCGGUCAUCCACAUGGCCCGGGAGGCGCCGCCCCUGCCCCCGCCACCGCCGCCGCCCCUGCCGCCACCGCCGCCACCACCCCUACCCCCGCCACCCCCUCUACCCAAGACCCCCCGAGGCGGAAAGAGGAAACACAAACCGCAGGCCCCCGCUCAGCCCCCGCAGCAGCCGCCCCCGCAGCAGCCCCUUCCCCAGGAAGAGGAGGUGAAAGCCAAAAGGCAGAGGAAGUCCCGAGGGAGUGAGAGCGAGGUCCUUCCCUAGGGCGGGUCUGGGCGUCUGCACCUGGGGCCUAGGGAACUGACACGUGGGAAGCGCAGUGAGCCGGGGCGGGGGCGGAAUCCCCGCUGCAGGGACACCCACGCCCUUCUCUCCAGAAGCCGGGCAGGCAGAAUCCGGCCAGACGACGGGGCUGAGCCAUCAGGAGCUCUUGGGAAAGCAAAGCAGGGAGACACCUUCAGAAGAAGCUUGUCUGAGCUUCACCGCAGCUCCCACCACGCGGCGCUUCAGUACGGCUGGAUCCUCCGCAGGCGAGCGGAAGGCCCCCAGGAGGAGCAGGCUGGUGGCGCUCUCCUGACCUCCCGCUGCCAAGGUGCGCCCCCGACUCCCGAUUUCAUUUGCUGGCCAGGAAAAUCGAAAGGGAAACACCCUCAAUUAGGAAACAUUCCAAGGGGAGAAAAGCUGCAAAUUGCUCAACUGGCAUUGCUGUAACCCGUUCCAUUUAAUUGGUUUUUAUUUCUUUUGAUUUUCAAGCUCUGCUAAGCUUUGGGGUACCAACGUCAUCUUCAGGUGACCUGAAUCUUUCCCUUAACCGUACAGUUUCUCGAUGGAAUUGUGUGAUGAGAAGGUGGAAUUCUAGUGAUAGGCGACCUCAGACCCGCAUUCAUGUUCUGUGUGCCUCUUCUAUUGCACAUACACUGAUUUUUAGCAUUGUCUAUUCCUAUUUUUCCUUUGCCCAUUGUACUUCCAUAUAUCUUUUCAUUAACUUACUUGCUGCCUUUUUUUUUAUUCUUGGUACACAUUUGAAUAAUGUAAUCCUUAACCUGUGCUGUAAAGUUCACCCUUGGCAUGCUGUUCCAAGAACCUGGCUUUGAAUCCCAAUCGUUGUGAAACAUACUCAGUAUUGAUAAAACCUUUUUAAUAAGUGACGCAGAGCAGCCAAGGAUAUGUUGACCCAGAUGUCAACCAGGCUAUUUUUAUACUUAAAACAUGUCAGCAGAGCAUAGGCAGAAUAAAAUGGUUUUAAUACCCCACAGCAAAUAGAGUAACUGACAAACCACCAAAAACUGAAACCCCAGACCCACCAGAAGACAAGUGUCUAGCAAUGCCUUGGUACCUGAUCUUUUUCAUUCAAAUAAUUGUCAUAGGUUGUUCAAAAAAAAAAGGAAACAAAAACACAAUAGAAGUCCAUUAUCCCUUGAUAAUUAUUUCUUAAAAGCAAAUGGGAGUAAGUGUUCUUAUCUGGAAAAAUAAAUAAAUAAAAUGCUCAAAGGGUAUCACCACUUCAAUUUUAUCAAGCCACCUUGGACAAAGUAUCCAAAUUGUGGUUGCCUUAAUAAACUAAAACAUUAUUGUACAUAAUGUAAUUAUAAAUCUAUCAGUCUGCAUGGAUGCAAACUGUGUGUGACAAAUCGUCUUUUAAAUGGUCAAUUUCAGCUGUACAUUUCUCAUCCAAGUUGUACUCUAGCCAUUGGUUUAGCGUGGACAGAUAUUCCAUCUCUAUUAUCCAUUUCCACAGCCCGAAUAAAAUAUGUUAAGCAGGCUCAGAAUGAAUAUGAAGAAUUCCAUUUCCGUAGAUGUUUUCUAAAAGUCAGAUUGUGGAAAUUUCAAAUAAGUAUUUUCAAUUUCCUCCCUCACUCCCCCUUACCUUCCCCAAGACAUCAAACACCUGGCAUGGUAGAUUAUAGAAAGAGACACUGAGAGAGAGAAUUAAAUUUUCUAAUGGGAAUUAGAAUAUCUGGUUUACCUCCAAAUUAAGUUUCUUUACAGGAAGUUGGGACCAGCUGGAAAUUGUAUUAUCAUUUCGGAACACAAUAUUACUUCCUUAGAGAGAGAUGGAUUUUUGUUGGCAACAUAAAAGAAUAAGUGAUGGGGUAUCUAUGUGAGUAAAUUUUUAAAUUCUAAGUUAAUAUGCUUGCAAACAUUACUGCUGCGUUAUGGCACCAAGAGUUGGUUGAAAUUACCCACGUAGUCAUACUCUUGUGCUCUGUCACCAUGGACUUCACAUCAUUUGCUGCCCACUAGUUCAAUCACAUUUAAUCCUAGCAAUAUGUAAGUUUAAAUGACUGCAUUCCCCUCUACUUUAAAGCUUAUAUCCUAGAUACUCAGUUUGUGACCUUGGUUGACCUUUGGCAUUUCACGCAAGUUGAACAGCAAAAUCAAAGCAGCCAUUUUUAAUUCGUCAUUCCCAAGCCCUAUCUGAGUGGUUCCAAAGUCACCUGAGAGGAAGGUUUAAAUUAGUCCCUCUCACCCCACCAUUGCUAUAAAACAGCAACGUUUUCAUUCCAAUUCAGCCAUAAAGAGGUUUCUCUUCUUACUGGGUUUUGAAAUCAUUUCCUUUUUUCUUUCGUUUGCCCUUCUUCCUUCCUGUGUUGUACUAUCUCUCCAACCACGUAUAUAAGCAGACUCAAUCUUCUUGCAGAGGAAGAUGAGCUGGCACUCUGCAAACUUCUUUAAUAAGGACCCAAAGUUUAAUUGACAUUAACCUCUAGUAGGUGAGAAAUUCCAAAAAAGCUUUGGGGUACAUUAGAAUUUCCAAAGGUCUGAAAGAUAUUUCAGGAGAUUUAACAGCAGAGUUGCAACUUACACGUGAAUUCUGGUCUAUAGUGGUCAUGUGAGUUAAAUUCGAAUCUUCUACUUGUAUGACCCUAGGAAUAGAUUGUAAUACUGCAGAGGACCAAAGCUGAGGCAUGCUAAACAGCCGCUUGGAGGUGGAAGCAAGUUCAGUCACCUACUUAGUUUCCUCUCUCCACCACCCAGUUCCUCCCUCAGUAUCACAUUAUUUUUUUCUUCUGCUUUCCAUUAACCUAACUCAUCUCAUCAGUACAACCAUUUUCUUAUUCUCUAACUACCCCCAAUUCCUUUGGCCUCUCCCCACCUGUCCAAACUCAGCCCUGCCGUGGGCCAAUGCAGCUUACAGACGGUUGCAGAGCUAGGAAGAAAACCCAGCUCUCCCAACCCUGAUCGUGGAGGUCUCUGGCCCCCCAACACUGCCUUCUGGGGCUGCAUUUUUUUUUUUUUUUUUGAGAAGAGGUCUUUUGGGAUACAUGGUGCUCCACAUACAGCUUCACAAAAUAUUUCAUUAUAAGAGAAACCCCUUGAUUUUUAUUUCUUUUUCUUUUGUUUUCUGGAUUACCUGCCUUCAGUAAGCAGAUGCGGACCCACUUGUAAGGAGUCUGGUUAGUGAUGAGAAAAGGAUGAAAUCUAGAUACAAAAGCCUCCUUGAAGGUGAUGAUGGAUCUUUAAUCCACUUGACUAAGUGUCUGGAAGAGCUACUUGCUCUUCCGCCCCUCAUCUCAAAUGAGAGGAGCAGAAGUUUAACUUCCUCAAAUAGCCCAGCUCUGGCUAAAACCCAAAGAAGAAAGGUCAAAGGAAGGGAAAGCAUGUCAGGGGCUGGUUUGUGACUUGGCAGGACCAGGAAACAGCAGCCACUGACAGCCCAGAGAAGGUGACUAAGGGCUGGCAGAAGAUUAGAAUGUUAAUUUGGCUGCUGUCCGGACUAGGAGGCCAUGUUCAAUGGCAGUCAGAAUUUGUGUUCUGCGCAUUGCUGGGUCUAUAAAUAUGAUAAGCAAGUGGUGACAGAAUUAUAGUAUAAGGUGAUGUACUACAUGCAGAUCAUAAAGGAUUUGGUUUUAAGACUUAAGUAGAAAAUCCCUCUCCUAGCUUAUUACCCAACAAUAUUCAGAUAAUGAGCUUUUGGAGAAUAUCUUUUUCCUAUCACUAGAAAGAUUUACCUGGGAACUGUCUAAAGUCUACACACAUAUUUCCAAAGCCUUUAAAUACCAACUGCAGCAUGGAGAGAGAGGGGUGGCAGAAGCUGAAAUGCCUCAAAAGCCAUUUAAGUGUUACGUUGCAGGAUUUUCAGUCCUUCUCGUUAUGUAAAAGUAGAUAAAUAUAGACGUUAUUCUUAACACUACCCUAUAGUAUCACAGUGGUCCAAAUGCCAGAGCUUACAGAUAAUGUCAUCACAGUGCCUAGAAACUCGAACUGUAAUAUACCGUAGCAUUUUCUUGGUGUUUCUUAAAGUUUCUUUCCACAAUACAAGGUCCUCUCUGCCUCUUGUUUCUUGGAGAGUUCACCCCACUGAUGAGUCUUCCUUCCCUGUUGGACUCAGUCAUUUGGGGAACAGUCUUAGAAGCACAUAUCAACCAAGGAAGAAACUUCCUGGAUAUCUAUUGCCCACUUGCCCAGGUCUAAUAAACACUAAAGGGGGGAAAUUGAAAGGAGCUGCCAACUGGUCAACGUGGAAGGGCAGUUCCACCCUAGAUUGGUGUCUUUCUUUUUCUUCCUUUUUUAAAAAAAAAAUCUAUUUCUUAAAUAAUAAUAAAUGCACAUGAUGUGUUAAAUAUGUACAUAUAUAUUUCAAAAGAAAAAAUGGGGCACAAGAUUGUCUUACAAGUCGUGCUGGCUAAUUUUUAGUUUGUAUUCAUAAGUGGUUUUUAAAAGCCUUUUUUAAAGUGUAAUUUGCAUGUUCUACUUUGAUUGUAUGUAAACAUAUUUUAGAACAAAAAAUGUAUUUGUAUUUUAUUGAAUAUAGAGGCAAGAAAAUUGUACAUUGUUUGAAAUGUUCUUUUUGUAACAGUUUUUAUUCAUAAAGCAUUUUUGUACAUUUAAAAUGAACAUGGACUUGCUGUUAUUUGAGGCGUAGAUACAUCUAGCAUGCUUACUGUCAUGCUCCUCCAUGGUCUUAGAUGUUGGGUUUUAAACAUUUUUUUCUAAAAGAAAGCUCAGUCUUUUUCGCUACCAGAUCAGGUUAGCACAGUAUAGAGCACUUAACUAUUAAAAAAAAAAGUUAAUCCUAUUCAUAUGUUAUUCAUUGUGUGAAAUUAAAGACAUUCAAUUCAGUCUAA